AUGCAAUAAUAAUCAAUUCAUCAAUAAAAAAUUGUCGAACUAACAAAUUAAGGUAUUCUAUAUGUUGUAUAUAUUGAUAGGAUUAUAUGUUUAAUUAGAGGAAUACAUUAGAAUGAAUUAAAUAAAUUAAUAAAGUUAUUCAUAAGCUUUUUUAGAAUGUAUACAAUAUACAAGAGAUAGUGAAGAUCAUUUUCAAUGUAUACAAUAAAUUUUAAAGUAAUUAUUUUUGAAAUUUUAAAGACAAUCCAUUGAUUUUAAUUAUAAAGACAAUUAAGGUAAUACAGCAAUUGUAUAUGCAGCCAGAACAGCAAAGAUUAGUAUUUUAAAUGAAUUAAUCAAAUAUAAAGAGAAAAUAGAAACUAAAUAAAUAAAACUUGCACUUGAUAUUGCAAUCUAAUCUGAAUAAGAUAAUUGGGAUAUUGUUGAAACUCUUUUAUAAAUUACAUCUCUCGAUAAACCAUAACAUUUAAUUAAAUCUUUACUUAAAGGUAAUUAUAAGACAGCAGCUAAAAUUAUUGAGAAAUAUGGAGCAUCUGGUUAAGAUGAAAAUGGUGAUACUGCUUUACAUAUAGCAUCUCGUAAAGGAGAAUUAAAUAUUAUCAAAUAAAUUUGUUAAAAGGAAUAUCUAUUUCAAAAGAAAAAUAAAUUGAAUUAAAUUCCAUUGGAUGUAGCUUGUAAUGAAAAAAUAAAAGAAUUGUUAAUUUUAGAAGAGACUUAAUUUACAAAAUCUCCAAAUAGAAAAAAGAAAUAAGAGGAUUUAUAAGAGAAUAUUUAGAAAAUUGGAAAUAAAGAAGAAUAAAAUGAUAUUCUACCAAAGUUGGUUAAAAUUAUAUAAUAAAGAGAAUAAGAGACUUAGACUGAUUUAAAAGAAAAAAAAGUAAUAGAAAUAUAGGUUCCAGAAUUAAUAUCAAUAAAUUAACCAUUUUAUAAUUAAUUGAUUAUUGAGUCUUAAUAUACAUUACCAUAACAUAAAAUUAGUUUAGAUGAUAUAAUUAAGUAUAUAUAUAAUUUUAUAAUUAUUAGAUAACUUACAUUUGAAAUAAAUACAUUUACAUAAGAAUUAAGUAAAUAUUUAGAUGAAUAGAAACCAAUUAUUGAUAAAUUAGUAUAAUUGAUAGAUGAAGUAAUUGUUAUUAUUAUAAUUUUAAGAUUGUUUAAAAUGUUUAACCUAAAUCUCGUGCAUUUCUUUAUGGAUCUUGUUAAACUGGAUUAAAUUUAUUAGAUUCUGAUAUUGAUAUAGUUAUUGAAACAGUUGAAAAUGAAGAGAUCAUUUUAUUAUACAAACUUGCAGAUUAAUUUAAAGUAUCAUAGAAUUUAGUUUUAGAUGACAAGCUUUAUCAAGGAUGUCAAAGUUAUUGAUAAUGCUAAAAAACCUGUAUUAAAAAUGUAAUGUUCUAAAGAAUUUUAAGAAAAAUUAAUUGAUAUUACAAUUAGUAAAAAUGAUCAUUUUGGAAGAAAGACAGCAAAUUCUAUGAUAGAAUUUUAAAAAGAAUUUAAAUAAUUUAAAAGUUUAGCUUUAAUGUUGAAAUUCUAUUUUAAAUCAAUAAAUCUAUUAAAUGCAUAUUAAGUAUUGAUUAAUAUAAUUAGGGUGGUUUAAAUAGUUAUUGUAUAUUAACUAUGAUUUUAGCUUUGUUGUAAAUUAAAAGAAUUAGAGAUAAUGAAAAUGAAGAAAUUGGUAAAACAUUUUUAGAUUUCUUUGAUCUAUAUAGUUAAGAUAUAGAUUAUUAUAAUAAAAUAAUCAAUAUAGUACCUUCAUAAUCAGAAAAUAUGUAAAUUGAUGAACCAAAUAUUUAUUAAUAGCAAUAUUUUUAAUUGUAUGAAAUUUUAUUAUAUAGUUAGUGAUUAAGGAUAUUAAGAAUUAAUUAUUUUAGAUCUCCAUAAUAAAAGUAAUAAUAUAGCUAGUAGUACUUUUAAGAUUAAGAAUAUUAAAGUAUUUUAUAUUAUUUAUUAAAUAGAAUGCUCUUAGUUUUGGAUAUAGUGCUAUUUUGAAUGCAAAGAAAUGUGAAUAACCUUGUUUCUUCUCUAGAUAUAAUAAACCUGUUUGUUGUAUAUUAAAACAAAUGAUUUAACAAUCAAAAAACAAUCAUAUGAAUUGUCAUUUAAAAAAUAAGUAACCUUUUUAUUUGUUUAAUUAUAAUAAUACUUAUUGA